GCUCCUUCGCCAGCACCCUGCCCACCUACCAGCAGUCGGAGGUGAUGGUUUUCAUCAUGAACAAGGUGCCUCUUCCCUCUUCCCAACAUUCCAUGGAGCCGGGAAAAGACGGGGAAAACCGGAACCGGCUGACGCAGAUCAUGCUCCUGAAAUCCCUGCUCCAGGUCUCCGUGGGUUUCCAGUGCACCAACAUGCUCACGGCUCUUCCCAGCGCGUUCCUGGACCGGCUCCUCUCCUCGGCCCUCCUGGAAGAUCCCGAAAUCCGCCUCUUUGUCCUGGAAAUCCUCAUCAGCUUCAUCGACCGCCACGGCAACCGCCACAAGUUCUCCACCAUCAGCACCAUCAGCGACAUCUCCGUCCUGAAGCUGAAGGUGGAGAAAUGUUCCCGCCAGGAUUCCGUCUUCAUGAAGAAGCACGGGCAGCAGCUGUACCGGCACAUCUUCCUGAUCUCCAAGGAGGAGACCAACGGGCGGGCUCACUACGAGGCCCUUUUCGGGCUCCUGGUGCUGCUGAGCCUGGAGCUGGCCAACGAGGAGGUGGUGGUGGAUCUCAUCCGCCUCGUCCUGGCCAUCCAGGUGAGCGGGAAAGCCCGGAAUUCCGUGAUUUUCGGGAUUUUCGGGGUGUCUCGGGAAGCCUGGGAGGUGUCGGAGCAACCCCGGGGAGAGCGGGAGGUGGAACGGGAGGGGGUUUGA